UAAAACAGUCAUUUCAUUCAUCCCUGAUGAAAUGGGUGUGUUUUGAGUUGCAGUGGUUAGAUGCGAAAUUGUUUUUAUUUGCGCAGAAGGGAAUUACCUGACAAUGUGUUUGAAAUUUCAUAAUUUUAUUGUUCGUUUACCGUAUUAAGUGUUACAACUGACGAAUGUGACAGCAGUACUUUUAAUUUGGUGUUGAUUCGUGAUUGUGGUCACCAUGCCGGGUGUAAUAGGCAUUGGUGAAUUUAUUGAGGAAACCCGAGAGGAUUACAAUUCACCAACGACUUCGACGUUCGUUUCGCGUAUGCCGCAAUGUCGUCAGACAAUCAGCUCUUUGGAAGAGACAUUGGAUUUCGACAGAGAGGGUCUCACGAAGUUGAAGAAAGCCAUAAAGGCCAUUCACAAUUCUGGCAAUGCCCACGUGGACAACGAGAUUUACCUCGCCCGUGCGCUGGAGCGACUUGGCGGGAACGCUCUCAGCAAAGACUCGGAGCCAGACAUCGGAGCCGCUUUCUUCAAGUUCGCCGUCGUCACCAAAGAACUAUCAGCACUUAUGAAGACACUGAUGCAAAACAUAAACAACAUAGUAAUGUUCCCCGUAGACAGUCUUUUGAAGGGUGAUUUGCGGGGAGUCAAGGGCGAUCUAAAGAGGCCAUUCGAUAAAGCGUCCAAAGAUUACGAGUCCAAGUACCUGAAGAUCGAGAAGGAGAAAAAAUCUCAGGCGAAGGAAGCAGGACUGAUCAGAACCGAAGUGACACCCGCCGAGAUAGCUGAUGAAAUGGAAAAAGAAAGAAGAUUAUUUCAGUUACAAAUGUGUGAGUACCUGAUAAAGUUCAAUGAGAUCAAAACAAAGAAGGGCAUUGAGCUGCUACAGCAUCUAGUGGAAUACUACCAUGCACAGACGAACUAUUUUCAAGACGGAUUGAAAACAAUUGAACAUUUUGGAGUUUACGUGGCAGAUUUGAGUGUACAAUUACAGAAGAUACGACAACAGCAGGACGACGAAAGGCGGAGGUUAUUAGAACUGAGGAACAUGUUGAGAGCAGCCGCGCCUCAGGAUAAGGAGGUGUCAGCAUCAGUCGGAGGGUACUCCCUCCAUCAACUGCAAGGUGACAAACAGCACGGAGUUUCUAGGAGCGGGUAUCUACUCAAAAAGUCUGAAGGCAAAGUUCGGAGGGUCUGGCAGAAACGACGAUGUCGUGUGACGGCAGAGGGUUUCCUGGACAUCUUUCACGCAGACGAGAAUAAGACUCCAGCGCGGGUCAACUUAUUAACAUGCCAGAUUAAAGUGGCUGCAGAAGACAAGAGGGCAUUUGAUCUAGUCUCAUAUAACCGUACCUACCAUUUCCAAGCGGACGACGAAAGCGAGCAAAGAGCGUGGACGUCAGUCCUAGUUAAUUGUAAAGAAGGUGCCCUUAUGAGGGCAUUUCAUCAACAAGCUGGCGGAGAGAGCAACGACUCGGGUCAUUCGCUGUUAGACCUACAACGGUCGAUCAUUAGGGCUGUGAAGGCGAUGCCGGGCAAUCAAGUGUGUGCCGAUUGCGGCUCUACUAACGAUCCCACUUGGUUAUCAACGAACUUCGGUAUAAUUGUGUGUAUAGAAUGUUCUGGAAGCCAUCGGGAAUUAGGCGUGCAUAUAUCACGGAUACAAUCCCUCACACUCGAUCGACUGAGCACUUCACAGCUGUUAAUAGCGAGACACAUGGGCAAUCAGAUGUUCAACGAGAUUAUGGAGAACACAUUGGACGAAAGAGAUAAGCUCACCCCAGAGAGUACUAUGGAGGAACGCCUAAGGUUUAUUCGCGAGAAGUACGUGUACCGGGCUUGGGCUGCACAGACCUGCUGCGACGAGGCUGAGCGCCUGUCUGAGGUCGAACACGCCGUCAACAAUGGUCAUCUACAGAAUCUAUUGCAAGCUUUCGCAGAGGGAGCCGAUUUGGCUGCUCCUCUACCUUGCUCUGACUGUGGUGAAACAGCUCUACACUUCGCAAUAUCCCGUGAAUUAGGUGAUGGUUCAUUCCUCCACAUAAUCGAUUUUCUAGUCCAAAACGGUGGUUCACAUCUACUAGAUAAAGCUACAAGUAGCGGUAUGACAGCGUUACACCUAUGUGCUGCGACAGAUAGAACUGAACCCAUGAAAUUAUUGCUGAAGGCUGGGGCGGACACUUCCCUGAAGGAUCAUAGUGGAAGAACAGCAUUACAGAUUUCGAGGCAACUGGGGCACCAUGCGUGUCAGGAACUUUUGGAAAGUAUAGACAAGAGAGAAAAAAGCAUGUUCGAGAACAUCAAUAUAGACUGGAAUUUGUCGCACGACGAUGGCUCCACGGAUUUCUCGGACGAUGACACAGUAAUCGACGAGCGGCAAAACGGUAGCGUAACUCCAGAGAAGAAAUGCCCUCGGUCGCGACCGCCAUCGUACGCGGGAGGUCCGCCACCGACUGCAGACCGCACAGGUGGAGAAUCUCCGGUUCUCAGGUCAAGGUCAUCGACCUACGACUCAUUACACCACGCACCGCCUACGCCAACUACAUUGCCGAGGAAGCCUAAUGUCUAUAACAUCGGCAGUCUAAAGAAACGCGCGGCACCGCUGCCGCCGGCUGUGACGUUGCCGCACCCGCCCCCGCACCCACGCUCCACCCCCUCACCGUCCGCAGACAGCGCGCGCUCUCUACAUGUGGUAUCGGGGACACUAGUGAAAAAUCGACCACAACAACCUCCACCGACGCCUCCGCCUCCAGUCUCGGCCGUAUUGCACAACGGAGCCCAUCACAGGGACGAGCCGACGCCGCCGCCGAGAAAGGAAUGUUCUAGUCAAGAUUCGUCACUGGAGCUAUGUGACAUUUCGGACUCGUGUCUGGACGACAGCCGACUACAAUCGGCUUUGUCGUGUGACAGUACACGAUCGCGGGAGCGGACGCGACAUAGUGAUAGUCGUUCACUGGAUGUCUCUGAUGCUUCUAGCGUACAUUCUCGAUCGCCAUCUGUGUCAAUAAAUAUGGUGGGUAGUAUGAGGAGGUGUCGAGCACUCUACGACUGUUCGGCAGACAAUGAAGACGAGCUAUCGUUCCGCGAGGGAGAGAUCAUCUUGAUAAUCAACGAACGCACGGAAGACGACAACUGGAUGGAGGGAAUGGUCGAAGGCACCACCCGACGCGGAAUGUUUCCCGUCUCAUUCGUCCAUAUGUUGCCAGAUUAGGCUAAAAUAUAUUCUCGACUCGGUAAAACUUACGAAUAGUGUUCAUAGAACUCCCAUUCAACCUUAGUACAGGAAUUGUUGGUUUUGACUUUAUUUUGCGUUUUUGAAAACUUAGGGCCAGCACAAAUCGGCGGACGGGAACGCAGAAGACAUUAAAUUUAUCAAUGUAUAUUUUAUGCUAUUCAAAUUGAGAUAAACUAUACAUUUCAAUGCUCUAAGAUGCACAGAGAAAUGCGCCGCGAUGUUUCGAAGUCCGUUUCAAGAUAUUGCAAUUACUUUAGUUUUUCCUUGAGGUCUAAAAUGAUUUCUAAAGUGGUUUAUUGUGAUAAAAUGUAAGACGUUGUUGUACACACUGAAUUCGUUGUGAGAAUACAGUAAUUCGCCAUUAUACUCACUUCUUAAUAGAACCAUAAUUUAUAUACAUAUGUUUGGCCUAAAAUUUUCUGUGCUGAUUUGGGAGGCUAUGAGCUUAUUUACUCUAGUGAAGUAUAACUGUAUUUGAACUUGGAAAAUAAGCGAUACUUGUUUUAGAUCCGGUACAUGAAGUUGAAUCUUUCUUUGUAUCGCAUGUAAACUGUGUAAAAAGGUCAUAACAAUUUUUAAACUCUCAAAUAAAUGAUGGUGAACUGAUUUGAUGAUACUUGACGUAGACUGCUAAACCAACAACAUUAACAAAAAAACCGAAUCUGCGUUGUUGUUAUUGCGAUUUCAAAUAUUUCGUCAAUCACGUUAUGACAAUUCAGUACGUCACGCGCCUUUUCAAUUAUGCUUAUAAUGACAUUAAAGAUAAAACUAAUUUGACGAUUUGAUGAAUGAGCAAAUAUAGUUUUAUAUCUCGGUGCAAAGACUUUCUUUGAUCACUUAAUACGUGUUUUUAUUGUUUCAAAAUUGUACGUAGAUAAGAUAUUGUGAGGCAUGCUCAAUGUCACGUUCGUUGUGUGAUAUCAUUAAAUACCUGUAACAACAUCAUUCACAUGUUCUUAAACAGGAAUUUUA